GUCCAAUAUAUCUUUUCUAGCCAUGAAAAUCUUCUUACAUAUGCAAAUCAUCUCUUUCCAACAGCUGUUGGUAGUAGUUGCAUCAAUGGAGUAGGUUGGAUUCUUGUUCACACUACCUUUUCCCAGCCGUCCAUCGACCGAUCACCGGCACGUCGAUCAUCUGAAAUGCCAACAUGGGCAGCCCUUUCUUCCAUGAAUUCAAGAAGCAGGCGUCGUUCUUUCUCAAGGAGAAGAUCAGGACCGCACGAUUGGCUCUGACUGAUGUAACGCCGAUCGAAUUAUUGACGGAAGAAGCGACGGACGGGAAGCCGUCAGGACCGGAUGCGCAGACCAUGGGUUUGAUAUCGCGGGCCGCUUUUGAAAUUGAUGAUUAUUGGAGAAUUGUGGAGAUUCUGCACAAGAGGUUGUCAAGAUUUGAUAGAAAGAAUUGGAGGGAGUCUUACAAGGCUGUGAUAUUGCUUGAACACCUUCUAACACAUGGACCGGAAAGCACAGCGACGGAGUUUCAGUCCGACAGAGACGUUAUCAGGGAGCUCGGAAACUUUCAGUACAUCGAUGAAAGGGGUGCUGAUUGUCUGUAUCUGAGGCUAUGCAGAUUCAACUGGGGUCUGACUGUAAAAAAGAAAUCCGAGUGGGUAUUGCAGCUACUUGAAAAACGACAGCUCCUAAAAGAAGAAAGGGACCGAGCUCGUAAGCUCGCUCGUGGGAUUGAAGGAUUUGGGAGUUUCUGCCAGCGUUCAACGCCGUCAGUCAGGGAAUCAUGUUUCGAGAGGUGUAAUUCUCAUUACGAUGAUUAUGGAAGGGCGGAAGGCUUGUUUUCAUCCAUUGACAUAACUACCAAGGACGAUAAAUUCCAACAGAAAUGUAAGCUCAGCAGUUCAGAUACGGAUGGCCAAACAGAAGAUUUGGGCACUUGGGGCAGUACCAGCACAGUUCAUAUUGACAAAAACACUGAAACGAUACAGCCACCUCUCAAAGAGAAUGAGAACGAACAGGAUAGCACGCUGAAAUCAGAACCACAUAUAGGUUCUAAGGAAGACAAGCCAAGGAUCAAAUUUCCAACAGAAGAGAAUGAGAUUGAAAAGGACAGUGCGGAAGAAUCAGAACUGCUUCUGGGUUUUGAGGAAGACAAGCCAAGGAUCAAAUUUCCAACAGAAGACGAUCACCCAUUUAGCAAUUUCGAACAUCAGACUACCGCAUCUCUGCUAUUGAUGGGUUAGAGAUGAAAAGAGCAUUGAAGUUUUUGGUUUGAGUGGCCUUGCAAAUGAUUUGGGGCCAAGACAUGAAAAUACGUGGUUAGAUAGACGACGUGUCAGGGUUUAUAUCUCAAGCUUAGUCUUUUCUACGUUGGUGCUUGGCCAAUUGAUGUUUCUGGUCAGCGUAGAACUCAGUAGGUUGAUUUUGCCUGAGUGACACUCUACCUUCUGUAAAGGAGAUUGAACAGCUUCUGAAUUGAAGCAAACAGCAUAAGAUUGAUGUGAAAUGCUACUGGUGUUUGGCGAGCAUAGGCAUGUUAGAAGAAUAACAGCUUUCAGUUAUCUGGGAGAGUAGAGUGCCUAGGUAUGUAUGUGCAUCUGAGUGUUUGAAAAUUUUAUGCAUUUGAAGUCUACUAC